AUGGCGGACGACGGAGACGGCGGGGCGGAAGCUGCGCCCGACGCGGCCUCUGCGGGCCCGGCCCUGGGUCCGAGGCCUCCGCCGGGCCUGCGGGGGCGCCUGCGGACGUGGCUGGCGGGCCCUGGGCUGUCGCUGUGGCUCGUGGCGGGCCUGGGGCUGCUGUACGCGCUGCGGGGCCCGCUGAGACUGUGUGAAAACAUGGCCGCGGUAACAGUAUUUUUAAAUUCAUUGACGCCCAAAUUCUAUGUGGCACUUACAGGGACAUCUUCUUUGAUAUCAGGACUAAUAUUUAUAUUCGAAUGGUGGUAUUUUCAUAAGCACGGCACGUCUUUUAUUGAGCAAGUGUCUAUAAGCCACUUGCGACCACUGAUGGGAGGAUCAGAAAACAAAUUUUCAGAGCCAAGUUCUUCUUCCAGCAACAGAGAAAGUGAAACCAGCAAACAGAACUUGUCAGAAUGCAAAGUAUGGAGAAACCCUCUAAAUCUUUUCAGAGGAGCAGAAUAUAGGAGAUAUACGUGGGUGACUGAUAAAGAGCCACUUACAUUCUAUGACAUGAAUUUGUCAGCUCAGGACCAUCAGACCUUUUUUACUUGUGACACAGACUUUUUACGCCCUUCAGAUACAGUUAUGCAGAAGGCCUGGAGGGAAAGCAAUCCUCCAGCUCGAAUCAAAGCAGCGUAUCAAGCUUUAGAAUUAAACAACGACUGUGCUACUGCAUAUGUUCUACUGGCUGAGGAAGAAGCAACAACUAUUGUAGAUGCUGAAAGAUUAUUUAAAAUGGCACUCAAGGCAGGAGAAACCCUUUAUAGGAGGUCACAGCAGUGUCAACAGCAAAGUCCUCAACAGGAAGCUCAAUUGAGAAGAGAUACCAAUGUAUUGGUGUAUAUUAAAAGAAGAUUGGCGAUGUGUGCAAGGAAAUUAGGAAGAAUAAGAGAAGCAGUAAAAAUAAUGAGAGAUUUGAUGAAAGAAUUUCCUCCUCUGACAAUGUUGAACAUCCACGAAAAUCUCUUAGAAUCACUUUUAGAAUUACAGGCCUAUGCAGAUGUUCAGGCGGUCCUAGCAAAAUAUGAUGAUAUAAACCUUCCAAAGUCGGCAGCAAUUUGUUAUACAGCAGCACUAUUGAAGACAAGGACUGUUUCAGAUAAAUUCUCUCCAGAAACAGCUUCUAGAAGAGGAUUGAGCACAGCAGAAAUUAAUGCUGUGCAGGCCAUUCAUAGAGCUGUGGAGUUUAAUCCUCAUGUUCCAAAAUAUUUACUUGAGAUGAAAAGUCUAAUUUUGCCUCCAGAACACAUUAUGAAACGGGGUGAUAGUGAAGCAAUUGCCUAUGCCUUCUUUCAUCUUCAGCACUGGAAAAGAAUAGAAGGUGCUCUUAAUCUGUUACAGUGUACAUGGGAAGGCACUUUCAGAAUGAUUCCAUACCCCUUAGAGAAAGGCCAUCUCUUUUACCCUUAUCCCAGUUGCACUGAGACUGCUGAUAGAGAGCUCUUACCUACUUUUCAUCAUGUUUCUGUUUACCCAAAGAAGGAUCUUCCUUUUUUCAUCCAUUUUACGGCAGGACUAUGCUCUUCCACAGCAGUGAUAGCCCUGCUCACACAUCAGUUUCCUGAAAUCAUGGGUGUUUUAGCUAAAGCUGUAAGUAUGAUCUCAAGGACUUGUGUAGAAUAUUUGUAAAAUGCAAGAAACCAUCUGUGAUUUGUUUGCACAGUUGAGCAGUGGAAGAUAUUUGUUAUAGUAAAUUACAGGAUUUGCUUUCUAAAGUGUUGCCAUAAAUGUGUUGCAUUUUUUUGUGAUUUGAACUGUUUUUGUUUCUUGUAAGUUUAAAGUAUAUAAUGCCUUAUAUUAAAAA